AUGUAUCAGCCCCAAGAGAUGCCUGGGAAUAUCGGACCGUGCCAAAAGUGUCAAGCCAUCUACCAAGUUAAGAUGUUUUCCAUUGGUAAACAGUGCGGUGGCGCUUUAUACACCGGUUCAACAUGUUGCGUAAACGGCUAUAUAUGCGUUAAGCAAAACGAGUAUUACUCCCAAUGUCUACUCGCAAAUGUACCUUACGUUCCCCCACACCUCGUGAGCGCCAAAUCCCAACCUAGCACAUCCACACCCCCAGCCUUGGUCACCAUCUCAACACCCUAUAAAACCACGAUCAGUCUAAACCUCGCAGCGACAAAGACCCACACCCAAGCAGCAUAUCCCUCCGGUGGCGGCGGAUGCAGCGGUGUUGCCUUGGUAGAUAAUGUCUGCUGUCCAGCAUACUGCUCAAACGACAUGCGAUCUGAAGGCUGUGGAAAUGGGUGUUCGGGGAAAUGUACGACGCCGCCGUCAGAAAUGUGUAAGAGUGGGACGAUGUGGCCGGAGGUGCAUAGCUUGGGGAGUAAUGAGAGUUGGCAUUAUAGCCGUUCAACACACUACGGUAUCACGAGCGCCGGAGCCUGUGGCUAUGGGCUCUAUGGAAUGUGCACCCGAGGCGGAGCUAAAGAACCUUGGGUCGAUGACAUGCUAAGGGGAGCUUGCGAUGCGUUUUGUACGGCGUAUCCGGCACUGUGCCAGGAUCCUGCUGGUGUUAGACUGCGGGGAAACUUUGCGGCGCCGAAUGGAGAUUAUUACACUCAGUUUUGGGGUUCGUUGCCUGGAGAGAGAGAUAAUUAUCUCUCUUGCGGCGAGUGCUUCGAACUCAUUCAUACCAAGCCCGAUGGCACAGAUUAUGUCCCAGGUGAAGCCGGAUACACUGAUUCCAUCGUCCUAGAAAUCACAGAUAGCUGCCCUUGCUGGCCGAAUCCGAAAUGGUGCUGCGGCUCAGGCGGUGACCACUGCGGCGAAAUCGAUUUCAAAUACGGCUGCCCCCUCCCCAAAGACUCGAUCCACCUUGACCUCUCCGACAUAGCCAUGGGCCGCCUCCAAGGCAACGGUUCCCAAACCUCUGGUGUGAUUCCAACCCGAUACCGGCGUGUCUCCUGCCCUAAGCCCGGAAACGCAUACGUAUGGGUACACGAUGGCGCUGGGCCGUAUUACAUGCAGCUCUCAGCCAUGAACGCCGCAGGCACCGGAUCCAUCACUAACAUCGAGAUUCGGGGGGACGGGAUGGCGAGUUGGAUGACGCUAGUGCAGCAGCCAGAUUUCUUGAGCAGUCGGCCUCAGGAGAGAUAUGGUGCGUGGCAGUUUCCAAAAGAUGUUGGGCCGAUCAAGUUGCCGAUUGGGGUGAGGCUGACGAGUGCGACGGGAGAGGUAUUGGGGAAUGAGGGUUUGAUCAAGAGUUUUACGCCACCGGAGAGCGCGCCGAAGGGGUCGUGGUAUUUGGAUAUGGGAGUGCAGUUCAGCCGGUGACGAUUAAGGAAAAAUAACCAGGGAGAUUUAUUGUCGGAUGGGAAGAAUAGAAAACUGAUGCUGACGAGGAGAAAGCUG